UAGUUGUUGCAAUCAUGUGUCUUGAUUAAUAAGAAAGUUUUCUGUAAUAAAAUACAUCAAUCUGAAAUAUAAUUAUAUUCGUAUAAAUUUAAAUAUGUCUUUAUAAUUCGUAUGGUUUGCAUUUGAAUCUUAAUUAUUAGUAAUAAAAAAGGAAGCACAAAUAAAAAGUAAAAGAUUGCCGCCUUUCUCUCACUUUCCUUUAUAAGUUUAUUUGUAUAAAAAUCUGAACCCUCUUCAUCGGGUAGCGACCGCCAUGAUUGGUAUUGCUACGUCCAUUUAGACGUCUAUAUCUAAUUAAAUAACAUUGAACAUGUAGUGAUUUAUUAAAGGAAUGUUAAUUUCGUUUCACACACCUUCCUGACAUUGAAAUGCCUUGUGAAUGUUCUCACUCUCAAUAGUCAAUAGACUAACUAAGUCUGAGUAAAGUGAUGCCAUCUACUGUGAUUAUAAUUCAUUUUAUCAAUUAGUGAAUUUCUACUAUUAGGCCUAAAAAUAUAACGAAAAUGAUGCUUGUGGGCAGAUACAGACCAAUACUUUUAUUGCAAUAUCUUCUUUUAAUUAUUGACAUUUUUAUGAAUUCUUUCACGGAGUUGCUAAGAUUUCAAAAUGUUAUAUUGCUGGUUUUAUAUGUGUAAGUAAAGUUACAUUUUUUUAUUAUCUUUAAAAUCCUGUGUUGUCUAUUAUUAUUGUCAAUGAGUUGUUUACGUUUUAUCAAGCUGCAAUGACAACCAACAAUUGCAUUAAAAACCCAUUCAUUUAAUGCUUAUAUUAUUAUAUGUCAUCCAUAAAAGUGGCAAAAAUGUCCUUUCUAAUUCUAAGGCACACAUCUUUUCCUAAUAAGAUGUUUUGUUUAUGACACAUUUAAUUUUGGUAAUUACUACUACUGUGUGUUAAAGAAUUAAAAAAAUUAAAUUGAGUGUUUCCAAGAUACAAAGGUGUUGAUGACCACUGUUUAUACUGUAUAAGUCAUAAUACUACUUCAAAGUAAGGUAAUUUUAGAUAUCUCAGUAUUUUCUGAUUAGAUAAUUAAUCAUUUCAGCAUGUUAAAGAAAAUACAAAUUUGAAUCUUAUUAAAAUGAAGGAAAUAGGGUACCCCUUUAGAUUGCAAAAUCAACACACUUUCUUUUUCUGAAUUAUUUCAAAUGGGAUUUUGUCAUUUUUACAAGCAUAUGAAAAAGCUAAAAAUGGCUUGAUGCCACAGAAAAAUGCACUUGACAGUUGUAGGGUUAGGAGUUAAAUUAGUUACACAUCAAGAAAACAUGUGCCAGCAAUGUGUCAAUGUUUUGUUAAUUGUUGUUAGUUAAUCAUAUAACAAUAUUGUUCAUUUCUAUAUCCAAUAUUUAUAUUUAAAGCUACCUUUUUAUUUUGACCUUAAAGUUAAUUUGAAUUCAACUUUAUUCAUUGUUAUGUCAUCUCCUUAAAACAAAAUGUGCCAGAUUUUGCAAAUACAUUUAAUUUUCCAGUCAUUCCCCGGAAAAAAAAAAUGAAAAAAAAUAUCUGUAAACAAACAACAAAGACAUAAUAUUAGAAUUAAAAAACCUACAUGAGCCAAGUUUACAGAGAUAAAGUUUAGUUUGUUGUUUUUUUAGUUGUAUACUUUUACACAAAAUUAUUCAUAAAAUGAAAGGAUGUCCACAAGUUUUGAAUAAUUUAGUAUUAUUGCUAACAGUUUUAACGUUAAUAAAUUUCGUGUCAAUUUAUGUAUAACAUGAUUAACAACUGUCACUAUACUGUUUAUCAUUCUCAGGAUUCAAGACUUUUGUUUGGUGUUUGCAGUCAUCAUUGUAUUUCUACUAUUCUUCUCAACAUUCAUUUUUCAAGCAGGCCUUGUCAAUAUUCUUGUGUCGAAGUUUAAGGUGCCUAUAUCUGUGACAUUUAUUUACUUUGCUCUUUGUGUGGCACUUCAUGUCUGGACAAUGGUAAGUGGGCUUUUAUAUAGUGCUUUUAACCUUUUCAUUACCGCGGGUUUUGGCAUCGGUUUUUGCUGACUCAGCAAUAAAAAACUAUUAAAGAAGAAAUUUUCGGUAUUUUACAUUCUCUAUACAUUAACGAAUAAAGAAAUAUAUAGCAUUGAGAAUGACGUCGACGUGACAUCCUUGGUAUUUCAUAAAAUUUCUUUGCCUCUUUGUUAUGAUGUCAAUGUGACGUCCUUGGUAACUGAAAGUGGGUGAUCGUGACGUCGCGUUGAUGUCAUCGGUAGCGAAAAGGUUAAAUAUUUUUUUAAUAAUUGAUUUGCUUUUCAAUUUAAUGUGCAAUUUUUCAGAUUUUGGAGAAGCUAUGAUUUGGGUCUAAAUGUAUAAAACAAGCAAUAUACCGGUAUUUAUAAAAUUAUAUUUGGCAGCAUUUGCCAAUAAAGUUUCUGUCUGCAAAAUUUGUGAAUUAUGUCAUGUUACUUUUAGAAGUCCAAUUUCAAUUUCUCUUAAUUUCCAGAAUUUACGCUGGGGUAAUGUAAAUUUUUACAUAUGGGGAAACAGUGGAUAUCAUGUUCUGUUUGCAUUUCAACGGAUAGGUAAGCAGGCAAAACUUUUUGCAGUUAUAUUUUAUAAAAAUAUUUAUGUUGCAUGAUGUUUUAAAUAAUGAGCCCUUUGCAUUUUAAUUUUUCAUGCAUCAGUCACAUUACUCAGCAUUGAUUUCUAAUAAAAGAUGUCGUCAUUAACUUUAUAGGCUCAUCCACACAGUUUUUUCUUAGCUUUUCAAUUGUGGACGAACAUAUUUACUCUUUUGCAUUUCCCGGUGUGCUAUUCUUGUAUGUUUCAAAUAUAUAUUUAGCUGCAAUAAUUUAACAUGCCUUUUUAGUAACUAAAUAUCUAGUUUGGGCAAGUGCAUUUCAAUUAUUAUAUAUUUUUGGCCAGAAAGACUUUGAAGAUUUUUUGUUUUACUCCUUUCACUUUCAGCUGCUGUCUUUUACUAUUAUUUCUACAAGAGGACAGCGUUGAAACUUGGUGAGCCACACUUUUAUGAAGACUCUGAAUGGAUUCACAAAGAAUUUGAGAGAAGGAGAUAAAUUUGGAACAUUUUAUGGUUUGAAAUACUUGGUUAUUUAAACUUUUAAUUUGAUUAAAAAAAAUAAUACUUUGAUUUUCUACGAACAGUACAAUAAAAUGCAAAUCGUUUUAGUAAACAUGUGUUUUAACAUGAGUAAAAAAGAAUGCAAGAAAAAGAAAAUGGUAUGGCUGUCUUGAAGUUUACCAUCUUCUUGUAUGGUUGUGAGCAGUACAAAUCAAGUUAAAAUGAUAAUGGAGGUCAGUUUUUACAUUUUAUUUUUACAUCACACAAAAUAAUAUAAAAUGUGACUAAAAAUAUUUAUAGAUUUUAUAUUUCAUAAGGCAGUUUGAUUUUAUUUUAAAAAUGUGUCAAUUUUUAAUCAUUUUAGUUUAUUUAAAUUAACAAAAUUAAUUUGACAUACAUAUAAACUCAAAUUUUAUCCCCAAAAGUUAAAUUAAAAUUAUUUGUGUUAUAUGUCAUAAUGUAUAAUAAUACACAUACAAUUUUUGAAGUUAGAUAAAAGCUUAUUAGUUGUUUGCUUUUCAAUAUAUUUAAUAAACUUGUACCUGCAUGUCAUGUGCCACUUAAUUCAUGAUUUUAAGUACUGCAUGAAUCAUUUGUUAUAAAUGUGCCUUAAAUUUUAAAUUAGAAAGUUGGCUACUAGAUUAUAUUGCAAAAGAUAAGAACUGCACAAUAUAAUUUUUUAAAUAUUUUUCUGUCUUUCACAUUACUUUUACAGAAUGUGUAAAUCUCCUGCAGUUCAAACCUGUAAAACUAAACAGUUAAAACCUAUAAUAUACUUUACUGGUAGGUUAUUCACUAAUGCCUUGAAUACUUUUGAAAAUGUAAAAAUGAUGCACAAAUUAUCCUAAUGCUGUUCAAGAUUACAGGUAACCUUCUAAGUAGUUCAAUUUUUCUUUCUAGAUAAGUAAAGAUCAAUUUUAUAUAUUAAGUUAUCCAAAGUAAAGAUUACUUAAGUUGCAAGCUAAUUUUUAUAGAGCUGUGUAGAUAAAAUUUUUUAUGUGCUUUCUUUAUCCACAAUUCCUUUUGCACUAAAUUUAACUGCCUUAAAAACGUUGUAUAGAAGUUUGUUGAUUAAUCAGCAAAUAAUUGAUUUUAUCAGUAAUUGUCCAUUUGAUAAUCAGCACAACUUUUUGUGUUAUUUAUUAUUUACAUGUAAAUGUGUAAUUAACUAAUGUGUAUAAUCAUGUUAUUGUCUUCAAUUUAGUUUGGCUCAUAUCAUUUUAUUUAGAGGAUAUUUUCAAUCCAAAUUACAUGUAUAAAUGAGAUGUCAUUUUUUUUUUAAGCAGCAUAAUCAAUAUAGUUAUUUCAUAACUGAAACAAAAUUGUAAAUAA